AUGCCAGAUACGCGUUUGCUUAAAAGACGAAGAGGGCAGAAGAAUGGAGCCCAGAGCAUUCCCUCUUCCAAGAAGGCUGGCCUCAAGAGAGGUGCAGAUUUAGGCAUCGCCAUUCAUUGUUCACACGGGCCCUCUGUGCCCACACGGCCCUGUCCUUUGGCUUCUCUGAGGACGAGGAGAAGAUCUAGCUCACCAGACCUGCUCUUUGCUGUUGCAAGGCGAUGCCUUGCUGUAGCCUCCUUGUCUUCCUUCACAGCAGAGCUCAUGUCACCCCCUCCACUAGGUCGUUCCCAGGUUUUGGCACUGAUUGCAUUCAUCUGCAUAGAGACUAUCAUGGAAUGCUCCCCAUGUGAAGGGCUCUAUUUCUUUGAAUUUGUGAGCUGUAGUGCAUUUGUAAUUACUGGAGUUUUGCUGCUUAUGUUCAGUCUCAAUCUUCACACGAGGAUACCACAGAUCAACUGGAAUAUUACAGAUUUGGUCAACACUGGACUCAGCACCUUCUUCUUCUUUAUUGCCUCUAUAGUACUUGCUGCUUUGAACCAUAAAGCUGGAGCAGAAAUUGCUGCUGUGGUUUUUGGCUUCUUGGCGACAGCAGUGUAUGCUGCAAAUACCUUCUUAGCUGUGCAGAAAUGGAGAAUGAACAUCCGACAGCAGAGUACCAAUGAAUACAUUCGUGCACGGACAGAAUCACGAGAAGUGGAUAGCCGUCCUGAGAUACAGCGUUUGGACACAUGA